CGCACAGCGCACAAGCACAGCGCGCUCUGCCACGACCGGCUCGUGGCCGCGCGCAGAAGGGGCUGAGAGGCUGCCCCCGGCGUCGUCGUGUCGUGCGGACUUCAUACACAGUCGUAUACUCGCGUGGCACCACUACCAGAGCUGACGCAAGCGAACGAUGCCGCCGCGCCGGCCGAAGACCGGUACGCGGCGGCGCUCCCGCUCGCCCACGGCGAACCGCCGGCGGCGCAAGCCACGUCCAAGAGCGGAGCCGCCGAAGGUCGUCAACUUAGGCGGCAGAGUCCACGUCGUGCUGCCCAAGAGGGCGGAUGCGGAGAAGGCGCCUUUACUCAAUUACUACGGCGCCGGCUGCCAGUGUUCCGGACCUAGACCAUGUAGCUGCCGCGGCCCCGCCGACCUCCAAAGGCAGGACCCGGCGUGGAAAGGAGACUUUUGUAAUAGGUCCUACUCCCUCGAGGAGCUCACUAGAUUAUCGUACGCCUACGAGGACAUUAUGUUGGAGCGGACCUUUGCUGCCGAGCGGUUGUACAUGCGGGAGAGAGGGAGGAGCGGCGGUCGACUCAAGGAGUGCUGGACGCCGAAGCCCAAGAAAAGGCCCCCUGUUGUUCUGCCAAAGGGCCCGCACAUCACUUAUCAAAAUGGGUGCCCCGUCGUCGUCGACUACCAGUCUCAACGUUUUACGGGAACUGACCACAACCGCACGCCGGCUUACUUAAAAGCGGUGAAUUCGGGCCGGCGCGUGCGCUUCGCUGAUGAAGUUUGUGGUUCACUGGGCACGGAGCUGGAUCGGACGACGUACCAGGACUCGACUCGUUUGCCGGACUACGCGCCGCCGUCGAUACAAACUAAGUGCGGUCUGCACUCCCAGGACCUGGACUGUCGACGGCCCCAGGACCUGGCAAUAGCGCGCUCUACGAGCUUGUAUCCGAACCCUUUGAUGGAUAGGGCGCUCGCGUCGACGGCGUCGCGCUGGACCUAAUAUUGUUGCU